CAGUGCCCUACAAGUUCUUCUCUGACCCGUCGGGCAUUAAUGAGAAGAGAAAGCAGCGGAGGAUCCGGACGACCUUCACCAGCUCCCAACUGAAAGAGCUUGAGAGGGUAUUUGCCGAGACGCACUACCCCGACAUUUACACCAGGGAGGAGCUGGCACUCAAGAUUGACCUGACAGAGGCCCGAGUCCAGGUCUGGUUCCAGAACAGACGGGCCAAGUUCCGCAAGCAGGAGAGAGCGGCCAACUCUAAGAGUGGAAGUUCCAACAAUGGAGGAUCUGGCAAUAAAAAGUCUGAUCCACGUUCCUCCUCAGAAGAUGAUGAAUCCAAGGAGUCCAACUGUAGUCCAACCCCAGACAGUACCGCUUCUCUGCCCACUGCAGGCAACCUCAAUAGCCCCGGGGGUAGCUUGAGCCCCAGCCCCGGUGCAGUUUCAGGCCUAGUGUCUGCCCAUACAGUGCAGGCCCUCAAGGGUCCAGCAUGGCCUGGAGUCCCAACUAGUAGCAGCACUAGCACAGCUGAGCUCCUCAAAGCUUGGCAACCAGCCGAAGCCGUGCCUGGCCCAUUCGCCGGAGUCCUGUCCACAUUUCAUAGAAAGCCCAAUACUCUGAAGGCAAAUUUGUUCUAA